UUUUCUUGUCUCAAGAAUAACUGCUUGAAGAAGAAAAUUCUCAGCAUGGAAAACUCAUGCAAAGGAAAUGAAGAACAAACACAGAGCACUCUAAAGACCGAUGAAGAGCAACCUCCCGUGGAGCAGUAUCCUGAAAAUCAGUGUUCUGAGGAGGAGCAGUCCUCAGAGGAUCUGUCCUCAGAGGAGCAGUCCUCAGAGGAGGAGUUCUUUCCUGAAGAGCUUCUGCCUGAGCUGCUGCCAGAGAUGCUGCUGUCAGAAGAUCGUCCUCCCCAGGAGUGCCUCUCAGAGAAGAACCUGUUCGAGGACCGUCCUCCCAUGGAACAACCUCCCUGUGGGGUGGGCAAACACAAGCUAGAGGAGGGAAGUUUCAAAGAAAGGCUAGCCCUUUUCCGCCCUCGAUUUAGAGGAGAAAUCCAUGGGAGAAAUUUAAGUAAUGAAGAAAUGAUACAGGCAGCGGAUGAGUUGGAAGAGAUGAAGAGAGUACGAAAUAAACUGAUGAUAAUGCAUUGGAAGGCAAAACGGAGUCGCCCUUACCCUAUUUAAUGUGUUCCACCUUUCUUUGUUUUGCUUGAUAAUAAUAGCAUUGCUACCUGGACUCUCUGUUUGCAUCUUCUUACAUGCCUUUUCCCUUCUUGGUUGUAAUUUUUGUGCAGUUUUAUUUCAGGUGUUUGACUUGUAACUGGCACAGGAUUGCUCUUUUUUUUUUUCCUAAACCUUCUAAAAUCUGAGUCCGAUCCAUUUGCAUGGAAAGAUAUGCAUUAUAUAUGUGAGGUGAUAAAAGCAAAGGUAUAUACAUAGCAUCCCAUUUUUGUAAAAGGAAAACACAUUUAUAUAUUAAUAUUCAAAGAAAAGCUAAAAACUAUAUAUGUAAAGGCUAACAUUGGUUAUCUGUGUGGUAAAGAUAAUAGGUGAUUUUUAUACUUUUUAAAUUUUGCUUCAUGUAAAGUCUCACUUUUCAUGAUGAAUACAUUUUCUUUAUGUUGCAUAACAAACAAUAUAAUGAAAAAGUGAAGCAAUUCUGAAAAACAAAGCUUAUUAGUCAGCUCAUAAAGACAAUGUGAUCCUUAAUAAAUAUUUAUCAGAACUUAAAAGUUAA